AAGUUUGAUGUGAUGGAGAAUCUUCUUUUUGCAUAGUACCAAAGUUGGGAGUUUUGUGGGAAGUGAACAAGGCCUCUUCUACUUGCUCCAUCUCGGCUAUUAUUGCCUUCCCCUACAUCCCAUCGGGCUCUCCAUCCUGUUGCAAAGCAGCAGCAAAGGCAGAAAGCAGCGAGCAGAAACAUAGAGCGAGCUGACGGAUCCAGCAACCAGCAGGCUCCAUAGGGAACCAGGAGCACUCAAUAGCAAUGGAGGUUGUGACGGGAGCACUGCCAAGCGUCAUCACAAAGCUCGCUCAUCUGGCCGCCGGUGAGUACAAUCUGCAGAAGGGGCUGAACGGUGAGAUCAAGUUCCUCCAAAAAGAGCUGGAGAGCAUGAAGGGUGCCCUAGAGGACAUCUCCAAGAAUCCUCCAGACCAGCUUCCCAAUGGGGAGAAGAUUUGGGCUGGGAAUGUGAGAGAGCUGUCCUAUGACAUAGAGGACAGUAUUGACAUGUUCAUGGUACAAUCCAAGGGUAGAAAGCUAGUCAAUCAGCAUGGUCUCAAGAAAGCAAUUGGCAGAAGCCUCGAUCUAUUGAUGCAGCCCAAGAUUCGCCGUAAAAUUGCAACUGAAAUCAGGGAGAUCAAGAGCCGCGUCAUAGAGGUGCACGAGCGGCGCCGCAAUUAUAAGGUCAAAAUUGGCGUUGAUAAGCCUGUCACAGCGGCUUCGGAUCCUCGUUUAUCCACUCCGUACCUGGAGGUGAAAGAUCUUGUUGGUAUUGACGGGGCAAGAGAUGAGAUAAUCAAGAUUAUGACAGAAAGGGAAGAAGUACCCAUGCAGCAAGGCAAGAUUGUUUCAAUUGUUGGAUUUGGAGGGCUGGGCAAGACAACUCUUGCUAAAGCAGUUUAUGAAAAGAUUAGAGCAGGAUUCGAUUGUUCUGCUUUUGUUUCAGUGUCUGAAAAUCCUGAUUCGAAGAAAUUACUAAAGGGAUUGCUCUAUGACCUUGGCAAGAGCAUCAAUGAAGAAACGUUGGAUGAGAUGCGGCUUAUCAAUAUUCUCAAAGAAUUCCUUCAAGAUAAAAGAUAUAUCAUUGUUCUUGAUGACAUAUGGGAUAUUUCAGUUUGGAAAUUGAUGAGAGGUGCGCUGCCUGAUAAUGAUGCUGGAUACAGAAUUAUCACAACUACCCGCAAUUUCAAUGUCGGUCAACAAGUUGGUGGUACCUAUAAGCUGAAACCUCUUUGCCUUCAUGACUCGAAAAUUUUAUUGUAUAGAAGAAUAUUUGCCAAUGAAGACAAAGAUGAAUGUCCUGAUGAGCAGUUGGUAGAAGUCUCUGAUAAAAUACUAAAGAAAUGUGCUGGUGUACCCUUAGCUAUCAUUAUGAUAGCUAGUUUAUUGGCUAGGAAAGGAGGAAAUAUAAUAGAGUGGUACAAGGUAUACAAGUCUAUGGGUACUGGAUUGGAAAAUGAUCCAGAUGUGAGUAAUAUGAGAGAAAUUUUGUCACUUAGCUAUUAUGAUAUGCCAUCCCAUCUAAGGACAUGUUUAUUAUAUUUAAGUCUAUUUCCAGAAGAUUAUAUGAUUCACAAAGUUUGUUUGAUAAACCUUUGGAUAGCCGAAGGUUUUAUUCAACGUGGAAAACAAGGCCAAAGCCUAUUUGAUGUUGGAGAGAGUUACUUCAAUGAUCUCCUCAAUAGAAGUAUGAUCCAACCAAUGCAUGACUGGUACUCUGGCCUGGUACAAGGAUGCAAAGUACAUGAUAUGGUACUCGAUCUUAUCUGUUCCUUCUCAAAUGAAGAAAACUUUAUUACAAUACUAAAUGAUAUGGAAAACACAUCAUCAAAUACAAUCCGGAGGUUGUCCCUUCAAAGUGCCAAUGAAGAUCAUUCUAUGACUUGGACUACAAAGAGCUUGCAACAAGUGAGGUCAGUUUUUGUAUUUCCAUCUGCUCUUGAUUUAAUGCCGGCCCUUGAGAGUUUCCGAGUUACACGUGUCCUGAAUCUACAUGGUUGUAAUCUUUCACAAAGCUACAGCCUUAAGCAUCUUGGGAAUUUACUUCACUUGAGGUACCUGGGACUACGUGGCACAAGUAUUGCUCAACUCCCCGAGAAAAUAGGAAACCUCUCAUUUCUACAAACUUUGGACGUAACGUGUAACAAAAUUUCUAGCUUGCCACCGACUGUUGUUCAGCUAAGAAACUUGAUGUUCCUAUACACUGACUGGUCUACAAUACUGCCAAGCAGGAUUGGAAACAUGGCAUGCCUCGAAUAUCUGCUAUUACGCAUUGAUGACUCCACCAUGGAUUCCAUAGAAGAGAUGGGCCAGCUACUGGAACUGAGGGUGCUGCGUAUUGUCUUCAACAAUUGGAACAACAAUUUGGUGGAGUACCUAAGCAAGCUGCAAAAGAUUAGGAAUCUAUACAUUGAGGUCAUCGAUGGUCGACGCAGCAUUGGUGGAUUGGAUGCCUGGGUUGCCCCUCAACAUCUUUGUAGAUUGAAUACCGUACGGAGCUGCUGGUUCUCAGCACUUCCAGCUUGGAUGAAUAGAUCAGUCCUUCCUAACCUCUCCUUUCUAUGGAUCGCCGUGAGGGAGCUGCAGCUAAAGGAUCUCGAGAUCCUUGGGAGGUUGCCAGCUCUUCGCUCUCUAGAACUGGAGGUGGACCGUGCGAACCUUGGAAUACAUGGGAGAUUCGAUGUUGGUGCUGGCUUGUUCCCGUGCCUUGUACACUGCAAGUUUUGGGGAUUUGUAGAACCUGUCGUAUUUCGGCAAGGAGCUAUGCCGAGGCUCAGAGAGCUUUAUCUCGACCUGUUCUUUAUGUGGGAAGCAAAAGAAACCACCAGCAGCGAUGGCGGUCUCGACAUGGGCAUAAGGAACCUACCAUUGCUGCAGGAUGUGUUCAUCGAGUUGCGAUCUGAAGUGGCCAGCACUGAGGAGGUGGAACAUGUAAAGGCUACACUGAGGCGUGCAGCUGAAUUUCAUCCCAAUCAUCCCCGCCUUACUAUACUCUGAUGAAGUCGAUAAGCAGGUGAAGAUACAGACUACAUCCAGUGCUCAAUUGCCACAUGCAGCUGAACUACAUCUUGGUGAACCUUGACACUAAAAGAUUCAGAUUGAUAAUGGACGUGAGAAAAUAUUUCUCGUUAUCGCCAAUCGCCAACAUUGCAAGAAUUAUGAUGCUCGCCGAUAGACGGUUCAAGCAAAACUGACCCUGGUUGAUGAAUUAUGCACAGACAGACGAAUCUAGGUGUGCAUUUUCUCAGUAUGUUUUUUUUUCGCUUUUGCCAAUCCAAACGUCAUGGGUCAGGAAAUAUGGGUUGAGAAAAAUGUUCAGCUU